UAUACUCCUACUACCGCUGCUUUUAUUCUUCUGUCAAGUUUCGAAAGCUAGCAAAAUCUAAAACUACAAUUAUACUUUUCACAAACUCCCACGCACAAAAAUGUACCAUUGUGCAACAAGCGGUGGCCUAAGAACCGUCAGCAUUUUCUUCUUCUUCUGCUUCUGCUUCAGUAUCUGUCUUCUGCCGUCUUUUUCAGGAUCUGUUACUGCAACAACUGCGCCAGCGCCAGCACCAGCAGCUUCUGAGUACAAGAACUACACUGUUGGAGAUUCUCUGGGCUGGUACGAUACUCUUGAAAAUCCCAAAGUUGAUUACCAAAAAUGGGUUGCUGGCAAGAAUUUCAGCCUUGGUGAUUUCCUCAUUUUCAACUCAGACAACAAUCAUUCAAUCAUCCAGACCUACAACUUCACAACAUACAAAAACUGCGAUUAUGACAAUGCCUCAGACAAUGACACAGUCCAAUGGGCAUCUGCAGAUCCAUCCUCAACAUCUCCUCAUCCACUUUCAGUUGCAGUACCCCUUCUCAAAGUUGGAAUGACCUACUUUUUCUCAAGUGAUUAUGAUGGUGAGCAAUGCAAAAAUGGCCAACAUUUCAAAAUAAACGUAAAAUAUGGCCAUGGCUUGCCACCAAGCCUCAAAAACCCUUCUAAUGAAGCCCUAGCACCUAAUAAUCCUGUCCCCGGUGAUGAUGAUUCUGCACCAGAUACGUUAGUUCCUUCCAACUUCGAUAAUCCACAAACCGUCAGCGAUAAUGCUGAACCAUCAGAGUCUGUAACCCUUUCUGCAUUCUCUUAUUUGUUUGGUGCCAAAUUGUGCUGGACUCUGAUUUUGCUGGGAGUAUAUGGUACUGUAUUUAAUUAGGUAUUCACAGUUUCAGAAAAUGAUUUUCUUUCAUACCUUAUAAUUCUUGAAGUAUUGGUCUUGUGACUUGACACUUGAGCUGUAUACCUUUGUUUGUGACAAUUUAGUACUUAUACUCUUAUUUCUUCACAACAUUAA